AUGUCUGAAGUCCACGGUGAUGCUGAGCCCGUUGCGACGGGUCCAGAGCAAAUGGAGUAUCCUUUGGCAUUGACUCCGAGACAAGUCACUCUCAGAGAUCGGGUGACAAUUGCGACGCUGAUGCCGUUCGCCUCAGCGGACGAUAUCCCGCGACCACUGCUGAAGUACCUCUCUGAUCAAUUUAACAAAGAAAUCGAAAAGGGAGACACCUAUGCUAUGACGGAGCCUAUUCCGUUGGCGCAAUUUGGGCGAUAUUGGUUCUCCAAUUUCGGUGUGGUCAUGUUGCUCGGUGAUAUCCAAAGUGUUGAGCAGACACAUUCUAUGGACCGGGCCGGUGCGAACUGGACCAAGAUCUGCCUGGGAGGCUUCCAUAUUCGACCCAAUUACCCUGGACGUAGUAGUCAUGUAUGUAACGGCACUUUUAUUGUCACGGAUGCUGCUCGAAACAAGGGUGUAGGUCGGCUGAUGGGCGAAGCAUACUUGGAGUGGGCGCCCCGGCUAGGCUACACAUAUGCUGUCUUCAACUUGGUCUACGAAACCAAUGUUGCCUCUUGCCGUCUAUGGGAUUCAUUAGGCUUCAAGCGCAUUGGCAGAGUCCCCGGUGGAGGCCAGCUCAAAUCCCAACCUGGAGAAUUCGUUGAUGCAAUCAUCUACGGCCGUGGCCUAAGCCUUGACGGCGAGGAUUCUGUCUCGCAGGACCGAUUUGAGAAGAUUCGAUAUUACCUCAAGCACUCCAAAUACCCCCGGGGUGCCGAUCGCGCUGAAAAGAGCCGACUUCGCAGCGCUGCUACCCAUUACAAACUGAUUGGUGGGGAGGAUGGCGAGCCGGAAAAGUUGAUGUUGAAGGACAAGGAGGUUGUGUCUGAUCCUCAGCAGCAAUACGAGAUUGCCAAAGAAGUCCACAUGAAACAGCAUGCUGGAAUCAACAAGACUACUGCCGCCAUCGCGGUCAAGUAUCACUGGGUACGAAUCAAGGAGACCGUGAACCGAGUAAUUCGAGACUGUCCACAGUGCAAGGAAACGCUCAAGGCACCGCCGAUCCCCGGUACCAAAGAUGAGGAAAAGUCCGUCUCAGUCGAGGCCCCCGAUAUGGAAGAAGAAGACUCGAUGGAUCACGAAGAAACAGACACGUCCGGUGUUCAUCCCGGCAUGGCGACUGAUAUUUCCCAAACCAUGGACGAAGCACCCGACGAGUCCUCCAACCAUAACCCAUUCAUCCACCCCACUGUUCCUACAAAUGUCCCCGGAACCGUUCAUCCCAUGGCAAGCUUCAACCCAAUGCCUUUGGACCCCCAGAUCAUGCAGCUGCAGCAACAACUGCGGCGCUACCAGCAGCAGAACGCCAUGGCCGGUGCUUUUGCACCAGGGCCACAACAUAUGAACAUGACCAACUUCGAUGAUGCAAUGCGUUACCAUACCGCCAGCAACGCCUACCAGAUGAUGGUGGACGAUGGUUCUGAUCCCUUCCGACAAGAGGUGCUUGGCUUGAUGAACCAUCCGUCCCACCAGGAUUUACAACAUGAUGCUGAACUGCUCGCCAAAUACGAAUAUGGGAGUCCAUCGGACGGCAAUUAUGACUUCACUUGA